AUGUCAAUUUCAAUAUUGUUUUCUUGAAAAAUAAUUACCACCUGCCUCUAUUAUAUAAUUUUUCAGCUAUUCUUUCAGGACUCAAGAAGAAAUCGAGAAGCAAAAACGUGCAGCAGGUAAAAUUGAUCUUUUGAUUCCUCACUUAGGCAAAAUAAGUUAAUUGAGGGUGACUGUUACUUUGUUUUUGGGUAUAUUAAGUUACCUAACGGCAGAUACUGUAGUGUAAUUUUUUAUAACACCUAUUCUUCCCCUUUCUGCUUGAUUUUUUGACUCUUAAGGUUACUGUAGGUUUUUAGAGUAGGAGUUUUGUAUUCUAGCUCUAGGAAACUUUCAGAAUCUCUGAAACUUGUUUGAAAUCUUUAUGAGAUUUCCAAAAUUUUUAAAAAUCUUUCAGAAAACUUUUAGAAUCUCUGAAAAUCUUUUAAAGCCUUUAAGAGAUUUCUAGAAUUUUUAAAAAACCUUUCAGAAAUUUGAGUAGGUUUUAAGAAUCUCUGAAACUUGUUUGAAAUCUUUAGGAGAUUUCUAGAAUUUUUUAAAACUUUUCAGAAAAUUUUUGGAAUCUCUGAAACUUGUUUAAAAGCCUUUAGGACAUUUGUAGAACCUUUAAAACCCUUUCAGAAAACUUUUAGAAUCUCUGAAAAUCUUUUAAAGCUUUUAGGACAUUUUUAGAACCUAUAAAAAUCUUUCAGAACUUUUAGAAAACUUUUAGAAUCUUUGAAACUGGUUUAAAAACCUUCAGGAGAUUUCCAGAAUUUUUGAAAACCUUUCAGAAUUUUCAGAAAACUUUGAAAAAGAUUCUAAAGCCUUGAGAAGUUUUUUAAGAAGCUGAGAAAGCUUUGGGAGCAUUGGAAAAAUAUUUGAAGCCUUUAGAACUCUCUAAAUUGCUCCAGAGCCCUUUUGAAACCCUUCAAAACCCCCGUCAACUCUCCAAAACCAUUCACGAGCCAAAAAGUGCAGCUUCUCCCAUUUCCCCCAUAAAAAUUUACAUUUUACACCUUUUAACACCUAAAAAACCAUAAUUUUCUCCACAUUAAUAUGACUUUUUGGCUGGUAUUUACAUAUUGUUCUUUCCUUCCCAAUUAUUGCCCAAAAGAAAAAGGGGAAGGAAAAGUGGGCGGAGCCAAAUUUUGUGUUGGCAACGGGUGCAAUAUCAUUCGUAUUUUAUUCGUACAUCAUUCUUGGGUGUGUUUUGGCGUGCUGUCUUAUCUUCUUCCCAUUUUCCCAUUUUCCCCCUUCUUCAAAGACCAUAAGAAAAAUUAUUAUAUAGUUAUCUCUUUCGGUAGACAGUUCUAUUUUAGUGCAUAAAAUGUUUUGUCGUCUGCGUCUCCUCUCUCUCUCGCUCUCUCUCGCUGUUGUUUUUUUUUCUGCUGGACAAAAACAACACUAGUGAUUUAUGUACAUUUUUUCGCGCGCGCAAAGUGGUUUAGCACUUUUUUUUGAAACUUUCUGUUGGGUUUUGGGAUUUCUUGUGUUCUAAAGUUUGGGCUCUUUGGGGUUAGGCCUUGAUUUAGGCUUAUUAGGCUCCUGAGGGGUUCUGAAGGCUUCUAGAGGUUUUUGAAGACUCCCAAAGACUUCUGAAGGCUUCCAGAGGCUUCUAAAGGCUUCUAAAGGCUUCUAGAGGCUUCCAGAGCAUUCUGAAGGCUUAUAAAGGCUUCCAGAGGCUUCUGAAGGCUUCCAGAGGCUUAUAAAGGCUUCUCAUGCGGAUUUCUAGAUUUAGGCUUCAAUUUAGGCUUAUUUUAGGCUUAUUGGGCUUCUGAAGGCUUUUUGAGGCUUCUGAAGGCUUCUAGAGGCUUCUGAAGGCUAUAAAAGGCUUAACUAGGCUCCAUAGGCUUUCCUAGGCUUCUAUAAACGUUUGAGGAAUCAAAAGAUCAUUUUUCUGUGCGUUUUUAUUUUGCUCUCUUCUCGUCUCAACAUUUUCAAAUUUCAACCAAUUUGCAGAUUUGAUGGGUGAUUAUGGACAGGGACCAAAAGAAUCCCCCACAGGCAAGAAAAGCAUCCGGCAAACCGUGUGGUCCUAAAAAACCCGGCAAAAAUGUUGCAGGAUCCACCACCUCUCGCCAUCAACAACAACAUCAACAUCUCCUCGAUCAAUACGGUGUUCGAGCAAGCACCAGUGCCAAUUCGAAUCAGCAAGAAGAUCCGCUAGCCGAUGUCUAUGAUCCGGAAACGUUUGAGGCGGAGCAGCGGCGACUGCAAGCGGCGCAAGCGCAACUUCGCGCAACUCCUCCUGAAUACCAUCCGGAAUUGGUGAAGACUGAGGGCAAUUUUGGAGCACCACAUCAUUAUCAAGAUUUUCAUCAACAACAUCCUCAACAAUAUCAUCAGUAUCCACCUCAACAUAAUCCGAACUAUCCACCUCCAUAUCAUCAGCAAGAUCCGAACUAUCUUGCUCAGCAACAACAUCUGGAGCAGCAACGAGCUUUCGCUUUGGAGCAACAGAGAGUUCAUGAGCGACAUAGAGCUAUGGAGCAGCAGAGGGCUAUGGAGCAUCAAAGAGCCGUGGAGCAGCAAAGAGCUAUGGAGCAUCAAAGAGCCGUGGAGCAGCAAAGAGCUAUGGAGCAGCAGCAAAGGGCUAUGGAGCAACAGCAAAAUGAGCAACAACACAAUGAGCAACGACUUCAGGAUCUUGCUGUGAAUUCGCAUCAGAGUCCAAGUGAGUUUUUUCCCGGGGGAUGAGGAUUAGGCUUGAGAUUUAGGCUUAGGAUUUAGACUAUGGAUAAGGCUGAGGGUUUAGGCUUAGGAUUUAGGCUUAGACAUUUAGAUUGAGGGUCUAGACUUAGGAUUUGGGCUUGAGCUUUAGGCUUGAGCUUCAGGCUUAAGCUCUAGGCUUGAAAUUUAGGCUUAAGCUUGAGGCUUGCGCCUUAGGCUAAAGAUUUAGGCUUAGAUUUUAGGAUGAGUAUUUGUAAUUAAACUUAAGGCUUGAGGUUUAGGUUAAGGAUUUGGAUUUGAGCUUGAGGCUUAAGCUUGAGGCUUAAGCUUGAGGCUUAAGCUUGAGGCUUAAGCUUGAGGCUUGAGCUUUAGGAUUAAGCGUUAGACAAAGGCUUUAGGCUAAGGCUUUAGGCUGAGGGUUUAGGCUUAAGCUUGAGCCUUAAGCUAUAGGCUUAAGCUGAACCAUAGGCUUAGAGUUUAGAAUUAGGGUUUAGUCUUGAGCUUUAGGUUGAUAAUUUAAGCUUAGAAUUUAAGCUCAAAAUUUAGACUUAAGCUUCACUCUUAAGCUCUAGGCUAAAGAUUUAGGCUUUAGACUUAAGCUGAACCAUAGGCUUAGGUUUUUCAAGAAAAAUUUUUUUUUCAAAUUUCAAAAAAAAAUCAAAUCCCAAUUUUUAAUUAAUUUUUUUUCCCGGAAUUUUUUUUCUAUCCUAAAAUUUUCAAGUAAUCAUUCUCCAACAAAUCCAAAAAUGAUUACAAAAACAUUUUUCAAAUUUUUUUAAAAUUCAGAUUUCGUGUAGUAGUUUUUAUCGAUUUUCAUUUUCAGUUUAAAAUGUACUUUUUUUCCAACCAACCAAAAAAAUUAAUCCCGCACAAAUUUUUCAUUUCUCUUCACAUUCAAAAAUUUUUUUUUUCAUUUUCAGACACAUCAGCUGAAACUUCUCGCCCAACACUUCCACCCUUCCGAACUCCACCCAACCAAAGUUUUGACGAUAGUGUUGUUGUGAUCAAAAACGAGGAGCAUACACCUCUACAGUCACCGGCGGUGCCAAUGAAGAAUUCGCCAAGAAGACGGAACUACAAGCCGGUGGAGUUGAGUGUGGUCUAUGAUGCGGAUCACCCUGGGGAAGAUCCGGAACCUGGCAAGAUUUAUCCCGAGCCACAACUUCGUGAGUUACUUUGCAGAAAGAAAUUUUUUUCUGAAAAUUUCGGAAUAAUUUCGAACUUGCAAAAAUUUUAAGAAAUGCCUAGAAAUCUUGAGCUACAAAAAUCCAGCUAACAUAAGAUUUUGCUGAAAUUUUGCGAUCUUGAAUUAUCUUGUCUUGAAGUUCAGAUUUCAAAAAACUUCUGAGAUCUUCUGGAGGCUACUGGAAGCUUCAAAAAGCGUCAGAAGGCUUCUAAAGGCUUCAGAAGAUUUCAGAAGGCUUCUGAGAUCUUCUGGAGGUUGCUGGAAGCUUCAAGAGGCAUCAGAAGUCUUCAGAAGAUUUCGGAAGAUUUCAGAAGGGUUCUGAGGUCUUCUGAAAGAUCUUGGAUGCUUCAGAAGGCUUCUGAGGUCUUCUAGAGGCUAUUGGAAGCUUCAAGAGGCGUCAGAAGGCUUCAGAAGAUUUUAAAUAGCUGAAGGUUUCUGAAGGAUUCUGGAUGCUUCUGAACGCUUCUAAAGGCUUCUGGAGAAUUCGGAAGAUUUCAGAAGACUUCUGAGGUCUUCUGAAGGUUUCUGAAGGCUUCUGAAGUCUUCUGAGCUCUUCUGGAGGCUACUGGGAGCUUCAAGAAGCGUCAGAAAGCUUCAGAAGGCUUCAGAAGAUUUCAGAAGGCUUCUGGAAGCUACUGGAAGCUUCAGAAGAUUUCAGAAGGCUUCUGAGGUCUUCUGGCAGCUUCUGAACGCUUCUGAAGGCCCAAACUUUUUUCCGGGCUACAUUUUUAAUCUCGAAAUUUGAAUCAAUAUUUUCAGUCGACGCCAAAACGCUUCACCUCACUGAAAAUGAGCUCGAAGUAAUGAAAACCGGAAAAACACGAUUUCCCGAUGAUGUGCCAGACGCCAAUUCGACACCAAACAAAAUCGUCGAAUAUCUAAUGUCAUUUCGAAUUCUGAAAGAGAACGAAAUCAAUCAAUUAAACUCGUAUCGAACUCGACGAAAUCAAUUGUCAUUGAAUUUGAUUCGACAAAAUCCGGAUCGUGAAUUCGAUCAGAAGGCUUGCGAAUCGUUGGUCAAAAAGUUGAAGGACAAAAAAUCGGAUUUGCAAAAUUUGAUUGAUGUUGUGGUCACAAAAGGACAGAAGUUUAGGGAUUGUAUUACGAUUCCAAGAACUCUUGAUGGACGUUUGCAGGUAAUUUUUAGAGACAUAUUUUUAGGCUUCUAAGGCAACUGAAGGCUCCUGAAGGCUUCUGAAGGCCUCUAGGGGCUUCCAAGGUUUCUGAAGGCUUCUAAGGGCUUCUGAAGGCUUCUGAAGGCUUCUGAAGGCUUCUAAGGGCUUCUAGAAGCUUCUGAAGGCUUCUAAGGGCUUCUGAAGGCUUCUGAAGGCCUAUGAAGGCUUCUGAAGGCUUCUUCAGGCUUCUGAAGGCUUCCUUAGGCCUCUAAGGCUUCUUAGGCUUUUUAAAAAAAUUUCUCUGAUUUUCCCAUGAACUUUUCGUAGACAGACUGAUGAAUCAUAGUUAGCUAGUCAGAAAAAAAAAUGACCUUUCCAAAAAAAAAAAGUUUUUUUUUUGCUUGAUAAUUAUGGGGUUAGAGAGUUGAGAGAGGCUAGAGAGGCUAGAGAGGCUUCAGGGGCCUUCAGAAGCCUUUAAGAGCCUUUAGAAGCCUUUAAAAGGCCUUUAAGAGCCUAAAAAAGUAUUCAGAAGUCUUAAAAAGCCUUCAGAAGCCUUUAGAAGUCUUUAAAAGCCUUCGAAAAUUUCAAAAUUCCAUCAAAUAAUUUUCCAGGUUCACGGAAAAAAGGGCUUUCCCCACGUGGUCUACGGCCGACUAUGGCGUUUCGCGGACAUGUCAAAAAACGAGACACGCAACAUCGAAUCGUGCAAACACCCAUUCGAAUCGAAAACCGAUCAGGUGAAAUCCCAACCCGAACCAGAUCCUGAUCCACUAAUUCCAAAUCCGGAUCCCAAACCAGUAAGGGGGACGAAUUUAUCAAAAAUAAUGAAAAAUUAUCAAUCCGUGAUUCUUUCAGGUUUGUGUCAAUCCAUUUCAUUAUGAAAUUGUGGCCGGUGCGAUGAUUAUUGGACAUCGAGAAAAUGAGAGGGAGAGGGAGAAGUGAGUUUGGAACGGGCUAAAAAUUCUAUCACUAAAUCUUGAGUACUGUAGGAUUACUGUAGAUCAAUAUUUUAAUACUUUUAAAAAUAGAUAAUCUAAUUUUGAACAGCAAAAGAGCUACAGUACACUUAUUAAUUUUAAGGCCAAAAUUUGAUCUACUGAUUCUUGAACUUGUAUUCUGGAGCUAAUACUGAAAUUUUUACCAAGAUUACUGUAUCACCAUAACCGUGUUCUAAUUUCAGACUAGUUCAAGCCACUCAACAACAGCAAGCUCUCCCAGCUACCCAAAUCCCGGCACCUCAAAUUCCCCCACAACAACCACCGCCACCUCAACAAAUCCAUCCGAUGGUCUCACCAAGACAUGCGCCACCUCCAACCCAACAAAUGCAUCCGAUGGUCUCACCGAGACACGCACCACCGCCACCUCAAACUCCACAAUUCUCCCCUCAACAUCAACAAUAUUCGCCGCAUCAUCAACAAUAUCCUCCCCAUCCACCUGCACAAUAUCAGAAUCAGAACCAGUAUCCGAAUCCGAAUCACAAUCAUCAUCAACACUAUCCGAAUCAACAUCAGCCGAAUCAGUAUCAUGCUAAUCACAUCAACAAUAAUCACCGUCAACAUCAGCCACAUCCACAACAACAACAACAUCGACAAGAAUAUGAGAUGCAUCCUGGACCAUAUCAGGCACCACAUCCACAACAACAUCAACAAAUGGAUCAAUAUCAUUAUCAACAUCAACACGAUCCAAAUAAUCCGGGAUCUAACCAAAGAGGUUGGAAUUAGACAACUUUUUCCCCGAUUUUUUUUGCUCAUGAUAUCAACUUCUAGAAUAUCUAAUUGUUUUUUUUUCGAAUUUUUCUGAUUUUUUGAAUUUUGCGGCGUCCAAAAACAUCUAGUUCAUUGUUCAGAGACUCGUGAAGCCUUCUGGAGGCUUGUGGGGACUUCUUGAGGCUUCAGAACCCUUCAGGGGGCUUCUGGAGGCUUUAUGAAGCUUCUAAAAGCUCCUGGUGGCUUCAUAAGGCUUUUGAAGCAUUCAGGAGGCUUCUGGAGACUUCUGAAGUCUUUUAGUAGGCUUCUAGAGAUUUUUGGAACCUCCAGGAGCCUCUAGAAGCCUUCAGGAGCCUUCAGAAAGCUCUUGAAGUCUUCUGGCAGAUUCAGAAGGCUUCUGGAUGCUCUCGAAGAUUUUAGGAGGCUUCUGGAGGCUUCAGAAGUCUUCUAAAGAUUUCAGGAGACUUGUAGAAUCUUCUGGAGGCUUCUGAAGGCUUCUGGAGGCUUCUGGAGGCUUCAGAAGGCUUUUGGAAGCUUAUAAAAGAUUCUGGAGAUUUCUGAAAGCUUCUAGACGCUCCUGGAGGCUUCUUAAAGCUCCUGAAGGCUUCUGAAGGUUUCUGGAGACUUUGGAAACCUUCAGAAGGCUUCAAAAAGCUCCUGAAGGCUUUUGAAGUCUUCUUAAAUUUCCUGAAGUCUUCUGAACGGCUUCUGAAACCUUCAGGAGCCUCUAGAAGCCUUCAUAAGGCUUCUGGAAGCUUCUGAAAACUUCUAAGGGCUUCUGGAGGCUUCUAAAUCGUCCUGAAUGCUCCAACUCUCAAAUUUAUAUAUUUUUGGACGCCGCAUCUAAUUACAACCCGCCCCAUUUUUUAACAUUAUCAUAUUUCACUUACAUUUUUCACACAAUUGAAAAAUUUCAAAAUUUUUUAAAGAUCCUCGGCAUCGAGUGGACGAAUAUGUUCCUUUGAAUCAUUUUCGGCAUCUAUGCAAAGAGGUAAGAAAAAACUCGUUGUUUUAGUGCCAAAAACCUUACUUACCUCUUACUUACUCGUUUUCUAGCACUGUUUUUCCAAUUUUCUAAUUCAAUUUCAUCCUUAUUCACAUCCCUUCCCACAUUUAUUCACAUUUUAGUUGUUUUUUCUCUCUUUGAAAAUUAUUAAUCUCGUGAAUGUGUCGUCUUGUGUUUUGUCGUAUGUACUUCUUGCUAAAAGUUAACCAAUAAAUUUGCUGGGCUCUGGUUUUUUUGCACACUGUUUUUUUGGGAUGCUUGGGGUCUGGGAUGUUCAGGAAAUCGAAAUUUCGGAACUUGAAAUCUGAAAGUUCGGUCGAGAAUUUUCGGAUUUUCAAAAGUUGACAAAUCGAAUCUUGAAGUUCUAUUUCGAUAAAAAUAAAAAUUCAAAUUUCAGAGCCGGUUUUCAGAAAUUUCAGAUUGUAAAAUUGGAUUCGGAAGUUUUAAAAUUGAUUUUCGAGACCGAAAAUUUGAAAUUUCUAAUCAGGAAGUUUGAAGCUGGAAAAUCCGAAUACAAAUUUUGAAAUUCUGAAAUUUUGGAACUUUUUUCUGAAGAUGUACACCUGAAGUUCAAAUCUAUAAAUCCAGUUCCGAGAUUUUCACAAAUGAAAUUCGAAUUCUGAACUUCCAGGUUUCGAAUUUUAAUUCUGAAAUUUUUUUGCACAAAAUCAGCUUAAAAACUUCUCUGCACAUCCCUCUCUGGUUGCAUCUAACAUCCCUACCACCAGAAUCUCCUACAGAUACUUCAAGUUCCAGAGUUUCGGAAAACGCUUCUUCGGUCCAAACAGUCGUGCCGAAGUUCAAAAACCACCGUAUCCCAAAGGAACUUAUCAAUAUUCGCCAUUUCUUGGUGUCACUCAUGUUAGAAGGCGACUUACUUCAACUGAUGAUUUUGAAAAACGAGAGGAGAUGCCAAAAAAUGGACCAUAUUCGGAUAUGAAUACGAAUAUGGCAAAACUUGGAGUCAAAAAAAUUUAUGUGAAUAAUGUGGAGCCGCCUUCAAAAAGAAGUGGGUUUUGAAUUUUCUGAAUCUCAAAAAUCAAUAUUUCUGUAAUUUUCAGAUCCUGGAAAUUGGGCAACAAUUGUAUAUUACGAAUAUACGAAAAAAUUGAAUGACCGUGAAGUUACUUCAAAUGAUUUAUUGAUUGAUGGUGGAUUUGAAGCGACUGGUGCAAGAUAUUGUCUGGGACUUGAACCGAAUCCUGAGAGGACCAAACAAUCUUUUAAAGUUCGGUUAGUUUGAGAGAGAGAGAGAGUUUGGGCUUUAAUUUUCAAUAGUUUUUUCGAAUCUUGAAACUUGGCUUUAAUUUUUGGAGCUUGAACUUUCUGAGCUGAAAUUUUUCAAGCUCUAAAAAAUUCCAGGCAAUUCUGAAUCUCGGAAAUUUGAUCUUCUAAAAUUCAAGAUCUAGAAAAUUUCAGUCAAUUCUGAAAAAAACAGAUCCGAGCCUAAAAAAUCGAUCAGAUUUGAAACCUAAACAAAUUGAGCUCCAGAAGUUCAGGUCUAGAAAAUUUCAGUAAAUUUUCAAGCCUAAUUAAUUCUAGAUUCAAAAUUUUAAGCUCGAGAAUUCUCUGCAAAGUUUGGAGUCUGAAAAUGUGAGCUUCUCAAAUUUAAGCUUCAAAAAAUUCCAGCCAAUUUUGAAUCUAAAAAAUUUAAGAAUCAAAAUCUCCAGCUCUGAAAAAUUCUAGUCAAUUCUGAAACUAGAAAAUUAAUGCUCGAAAAUUUCAAGCUCUGAAAAAUUCCAGUUAAUUCUAAAUCUAGGAAAUUAGGCUCAAAAUUUUCAAGCUCGAGAAUUCUCUGCAAAAUUUGUAGUCUGAAAAUCUGAGUUUCAAAAAAUUCUACCCAAUUUUCAAGCCAUGAAAAUGUGAGCUUUAAAAAUUCAAGCUCUAAAAGUUCUAGUCAAUUCUGAAACUAGGAAAUCAAAGCAUGAAAUUUUCAACCUCGAGAAUUCUUUGCAAAAUUUGAAUCCAGGAAAUUUGAAAUUCAAAAUCUCAAGCUCUAAAAAAUUCUAGUCAACUCUGAAUCUAGGAAAUCCAAGUCUAGAAUAAUUUCAGUAAAUUCUGAAUCUAGGAAAUUUGAAAUUCAGAAUCUCAAGCUCUGAAAAAUUCCAGUCAAUUCUAUAACCUAGAAAAUGUGAGUUCUAGCUCUAAAAAUGCAUUUUUCCAGACGCCUAAUCGGAAAAGGCGUUCGCUUCUCAAUCAAAGAAAACGGCGAUGUUUGGAUUCAAAAUCAAACCGAUUUUCCAAUCUUCACAACAUCCGGAUAUUUGGAUGAUCAAAGUGGUGGAAUGCGAACCGAAAAGGUGCACAAAAUCUAUCCAAUGGCUAAAAUGAAGGUUUUCGGAUUCGCCAAUUGUAAAGAGCUGAUUCGCGAUCAAUUGUAUUCGGCUCAGAUGGCAUCGAUGUAUUUGCUUGGACAAAAUACACCGAUGGAUCGACAGUAUAGGACGAGGACUGAGGAGGAGAUUCAGGAAGUGAGUUUUGGAGUUUUGGGGAGCUUCAGAAACAAUCUAGAAGGUUCAGGAAGCCUCUGGAAUCUUCAGAAAACUUUAGGAAGUCUCUAGAGAUUUUGGGACGCCUUUUGAAUUUUCUAAAAGCUUUCAGAAUCUUCAGAAAUCCUUUAGAAAUCUUGGGAAGCCUCUAGAAAUCUCUAGAAACUUCUAGAAGCCUGGGAAAGCCCCAGGAAACCUCAGCGAGCUUCUAGAAUCUUCUAGAAGUCUUGGGGAGUCUCAGGGAGCUUCAGGAAGCCUCUAGAAGCCUCUGGAAGCGUUUUGAAUUUUCUAGAAGCCUCUAUAAGCUUCAGGAAGUAUUUAGAAACCUCUAGAAACUUCUAGAAUCGUCUAGAAACCUCAGAAAGCCUCUAGAAGCUUCAAGAAUCCUUCAGAAGCUUUGGAAAUUCUCUAGAAGCCUAAGAAAGCCUACAGAAGCUUAUAGAAGCCUCGGAAAGCUUCUAGACACCCAGAAUCCCAAAAAAAUAAUCUAAAAACAUUCCAGGAAGCAAAAAAGAACACGGACAGUCUUCAACGCUUCUGCCUAGUCCGCGUCGCAUUCGCCAAAGGCUUCGGACUCUCAUUCGCCGGAAAACCCGAAAUCAAAAACACGCCAUGUUGGCUCGAGCUCAAAAUCAAUUGUGCAUUUGACUUUAUGGAUCGAGUUGUGACUGAUCUCGCAAACACUUUCGAGCCAUUAACUUUAGAAGAUUUCGCCAAACUUGGCAUUGAUGUUUCUGAAAAUUAA